AUGGCUAUGCUUGCAGCGAAAUUCAAUUCCGGAGUAAGCUCCUCAAUCGGAUCUCCGGGAGGAGCAGUUUCAAGUGUAACUGAAAGAUUGAAGUGCCAGAAUGAAAUCAGGAUCGGCACGUGGAACGUAAAAACCAUGAGUCAGGGUGGUAAAGUUCACAAUGCAAUACAGGAGAUGACACACAUGGAAUUGAGUAUAAUGGGAGUGAGUGAAAUGCGAUGGCCAGGCUCAGGUUCCCUCAACAUCCAGGAUCACCGGGUCUACUACUCUGGAACAGACAAUGGAAGACAUGAACUUGGAGUUGGGUUCAUAAUGAUAAAAGAAGUUGCAAAAUGUGUUAACAAUGUUGUCCCAGUCUCAUCAAGAGUGAUACUGGUGCAACUCAAGGCAAAACCAGUCAACAUAAAUAUCAUUCAAGUCUAUGCACCGACAACUGAUGGAACAGAUGAGGAAGUCAAAGAGUUCUACAACAGUAUUAACCAAAUAAUUGAGAAACUCAAGAGACAUGAUUUGACAAUUGUCUUGGGAAACUUCAAUGCUAAACUGGGAGAGGGCAGAACAUGGAGUUCUGUGGGGCCUUUUGGACUGGGUAACCGAAACACUCGUGGAGAUGAAUUAGAAAAUUUCGCUGAAUCGAAUCAGUUGGUUGUGAUGAAUACAUGGUUCGAACUUCACCCAAUAAGACUGUACACAUGGGAAUCACCAAUGGAUAGACCAGGAAGAAUUGUAAGAAAUCAGAUAGAUUUUUUGCUGGUCAAUAGAAGAUUUCGGAACAGUUGUAUAUUUGUCAAAACAUAUCCUGGGGCAGAUAUCCAAUCUGAUCACACACCUUUGGUUGGCAGGUUUAAGGACAGAUUGAAGAGAGUUAAAGUCCGGAAGGUGAAGAGUUAUGAUCUCAGAAGACUGAAGGAUCCUGUUGUACGGCGGAUGGUGAGUAAUGACUUGAAUGAGAGAUUGAGAGGGGGUGGAGAUCUGGAGAGUGAGGAGGGGGGACUUGAAAUUGUAAAGGGAACAGUAAAAGGUAUAAAAGAUCAAUACCUAAGAAGGGACCCAAGGAAAUGUAGGUCAUGGAUGACUGAUGAGAUACUGGAACUUAUGGAACUGAGGAAGAGUCACAAAGACAAUCUUGUUGAGUAUAGAAGGAUACAUACUAUCAUUAGAGGAAAGAUCAAGGAGGCCAAGGAGAGAGAAAAGGUUGAACAGUGUCAGGAGAUAGAGCUAUAUCAAAGUCGCUAUGAUAGCUUCAAUGUCCAUCUUAAAAUAGAGGAGAUGGCUGGGAAAUUCUGUUUUAACAAAAGUGGUCGAUUAGCGGAUGUACACGGCAAUUUUGUGAUUGAUAAGGAUGAGAGGAAGAAGGUGUGGGAGAAAUAUUUAAAGGAUUCAUUACAUGACCUCAGAACACAGCAGCCUGUCUUUAAAGAUGACACUGAACCGAAAAUUCUGUUGGAGGAGGUGAAGGCGCCUCCUCCAACAGAAUUUUCGGUUCAGUGUCAUCUUUAA